AGUCAAGCCAACCCUUUCUCUCUCACCUGACAAAUUCCAAAUGAAGCUGCCAUAACAUCGCGCAUGGCACAUUAUCUUUGGAACAAGCUUCAUCUGAAGGUCCUCUUGAACCAAGCCUCGCGAUGAAUACCACAACGGCUCCGAUUUAUUCAGCCACAGACAAUGCAACCUCCAACUCAUCCCAUCUCCGCAAACCAUGUCGCUCCAAAUGUAAACGUCGCCCAGAUCCUAUUGGUCUACCCCGCCCAUCGACACCGAAGCCAAGACAGAAAGCUACCCCAAACGGUAAAGAGAAUUGGGUACACCGGACGAGGGGAGGCCAACACACGGCUCCGAUUCGGCCUCGACAUGUGCCGCCGAGCUCCGGCGACCCGCCAUUUGCCCGUUUCUAUCGGUGGUCGUCCCGUCUUUGCGCUCGAAUCCUGCUGACCCCCGCAUGCAUACCGUCAACCCAAUUAGAGAAUCCGAGUUGCAUAUGGUGUGAUGUCGCGCAAACUUUCGCCUUUUCCACGGCCCGCGCGGUGGUGGUGUGGUGAUCGAUAUCGGAAGGGCGUAUAAGACAUGCCCAAGACCCCUCUUCGACCCCGCGAUAGAAAGUGUCAAAGUGUCGAAGUUGUAGUAAACAAACUUCCUUCUUUGAACUGUCGUAUUGAGCGUCAGAAGACAUUCAGAAAUGGCACCAUCCGCAACAGAGACAGCUGCCGCCAAGCAGGUCGAGGACCUCAAGGAGAAAGACCCGCCAUCGAAGGAACAAGUCAAGGAGGCAGUAUACGCAGACGACUUUCCGCCCCUGGAUGAGGAGCUGCCAGAAGUACGGACAGGCCACAAGGAACCCCUCAAGACGACGGGGGUUCUCGACCAGUUUGAGCAUUUCGAAGUGACGCCCGUCAUUGGCCGCGAGUACCCGACUCUCGAUCUCAAGGAGCUGCUGCGUGCGCCCAACUCUGAUGAACUCCUUCGUGACCUAGCAAUCACCAUCUCGCAGCGCGGUGUCGUAUUCUUCCGCAAGCAGGACAACAUCGACAACGACCUCCAAAAGGAACUCGUCCAACGUCUCGGUGAGCUAUCCGGGAAGCCCUCGACUUCGAAGCUCCACAUUCACCCCGUCAACAAUGCCGGUCACGGCGACACCAAUGAUGAUGAGAUCAGCGUCAUCUCGUCGGCGCAGGCCAAGAGGCUGGGCAUCCACCGCUUCCUAAACUACACCAAGAAGCAGACGCAGAGGUCACAGUGGCAUUCCGAUAUCACGUUUGAGCCCGUGCCGAGCGACUAUGCGCUUCUUCGUCUGACCCAGCUGCCCAAGACGGGAGGAGACACGCUCUGGGCCUCGGGCUAUGAGGUAUACGACCGGAUAUCGAAGCCGCUCCAAAAGUUCUUCGACGGCAUGACAGCCACGUACGCCCAACCGGGCUUCAACGCAACCGCAGAGAAGAACGGCUUCAAACUCUACUCCGAACCGCGCGGCGCGCCCGAAAACGUGGGCGAGCUCCUGGAGGCCAUUCACCCGGUCAUCCGCACGAAUCCGGUGACGGGCUGGAAGAGCGUCUUCGCCGUCGGCCUCCACGUCCAAAAGAUCAACGGCCUGUCGGACGAGGAGUCGAAGCACUUCCUCGACUGGUUCGUGCAGCUCAUCAUUGAGAACCACGACCUGCAGGUGCGGCACCGCUGGCAGAACCCCAACGACGUCGCCAUCUGGGACAACCGCUCGGCCUACCACGCCGCGACGCCGGACUACAUCGUGGAUGACCUCGGGGAGAGACAAGGGUCUCGUGCCGUGAGUCUCGGGGAGAGGCCGUACUUUGACCCCCAGAGUCAAAGCAGGCGGGAGGCCCUGCGUGCCGAAGCCAUUGCCGCUUUGAAGGCGGAUUACAGCUCAUGAAGGUUGUUUGUUUCCGGAACCAAACGACCUGUUUCUCUGGAUGGUCGUGCUCUUGAGCUUUGAUAUGAGAACUAAACGACGAUGGACUCAUUUUCCUACACGGGAAGAGGUUACCGUAGCAGCCAAAACAAUGAUUUUCCCCCAGAAAAGAGGAAGAAGCGGUUUCACUCUGCCCUAUCGUGGCUCGGGAGUUGCUCCCGAGCGUCUUUCAGCUGUGCCUGUAUCAAGUAGACUUUAUCCCCACUUAGGGGUUGAGGCAUACAUCAGACGAGGUCGCCAGCAGUGGCCCAGCACGAGACUUCUGAUACUGGACCCUCCCGUCGGUUCUCUUUAGAGUUCAGAGCCAAUCUCAAGACCGUCGCAUCUGCCGGUCAGACAUGGCACGGGCGUUGCAUCCAGACCCUGAGGAUGGUCGGCCAGAUGAUCUUCCUUCUUCUCUUCUUCUUCUUCUUCUGUGCAUAGAAGGGCCUGUUUCCUGUCGACUAGUCAGUCGGCAAAGGCCCCGACGC